UGCAGCAGGACAUCUCGCUGCCGAAUUGUAACUUCUCUAGCAGUAGCCCUUCUUUCCACGCCUAUUCAGUCUCUUGACCGAACAUCUACAUAGGUAGUCCCGAAUUUGAACGACUAUUGAUCAUCAAUGGAUACGCUACCGGGUCCCGUAACCGGCGAAGUCGAGUUCGACGCUCCCGGCGCGGGCAAGCGCUGCAAGACGUGGUACAAGAUCGUGGGCAGCCUAGAGUCCGCGUCAUCCCCGCCGCUGAUCGCCCUGCAUGGCGGCCCCGGCGCCGGCCACGAGUACCUGUCGUCGCUCACCCAUCUCUACGCAAAAUACAGCAUUCCCCUCAUCUUCUACGACCAGAUCGGCUGCGGGCACUCGACCCACUUGCAAGAGAAGCUGAACGACAUGUCAUUCUGGACCGUCGAUCUGUUUGUGAAAGAACUGGACAACCUGAUCGACCAUCUGAAGCUGCGAGAGAAGGGCUUCUAUCUCUUGGGCCAAAGCUGGGGUGGUAUCCUCUGCGGUACCUACGCCUCGCGCCAACCCAAGGGACUGCGCAAAGCCAUAAUCUCGAGCGGGCCGGCGAGUUUGCCCCUCUAUGUCCAGGGCGUGCAGAACCUCCUCGCCGAGUUGCCUCCCGAUGUCCGUAGGACGUUGGAAGACUGCGAUCGGCGUGGAGACCAUGAGAGCGAGGAGUUUGAAAAGGCCUCGGCUGUCUUUUACAGUCGACACGUCUGCCGCCUCGAUCCAUACCCGGAAGAUAUCCAGGCUGCGUUCAAGAAUCUCAAGGAGGAUCCCACCGCGUAUCUGACCAUGCAAGGACCGUCCGAGUUUGUCAUUGUCGGAUCUCUCAAAGACUGGGAGGGCUGGCAAGAUGCGCACAACAUCAGCGUGGAAACUCUGCUCGUCAAUGGUCGCUACGACGAAGUCACAGACCUCUCCAUGGCCCCAUGGUUCAAGUGCAUUCCCAAGGUCAAGUGGGUUACGUUUGCGAACUCCAGCCAUAUGCCUCACUAUGAGGAGCGGGAGCGGUUCAUCCAGGUCUGCGGUGACUUUCUCUCCGGAAUGUAAUUAAAGCCGUGAUUUCAGUACGUACGAGUAUGGAAGAGGCACAUCCAUGAUAUCUGCCCGACCAAAAUGGGUACCUGAUCCAGUCAGAUGCUCUUCUCGACGAUCUGAUGGCAAUGAUCUGCUGUUGCAGUACUCGGUGCCUGCAGGCCAACAUCAAGUCACAAACUCAUCCGCCUGGACCCCAGAAAUAGUCACUGACCUGCCCAAUAAGGGGCCAAUGAUCCGUUUGUCAUCAACCCUGGAUUGACAGUCAGAACUGUCGAUCAGCCGCAACGCCACGAAGGACCCGUCAUCUUGGUGUAGUAGUUGUUAGUAAAAGGCACCCAAUUUUUACUCGGCCUUUGGAACGAGAGCGACUUGAUCUACGCUGAAUCACCCAUCAUGGAGCAAUGCACAGUGUAUACACACGACUUCUUAGUGUCAAAAAUAUUCGACACGUACGUCA